UUACCGAUCGAACCGAACCCGUGCGAGCCGCCCGUGUUCAAUUGGCACCGGAUUUUACAGCGCGACCUCCCAUUCUGGCUCUCUCUCUCUCAGACUCUCACACCAAGUUUAGGGCAUACGCAGCAGCACACUGCCAACCAUUUCUUCUUCUUCUUCCAAUGCUUGGAUCUCUCAGGGGUAACUGAGAGAGGAAGGCAAUAAACAAAUAAUAAUGCCUCGGAGUAUAUCACGGUCGCCGUCGUACAGGCGGAGAUACUCUCCAUCACCUGUGAGUCACAGGCACAGCAGGCGUACUAGUCGAAGGGACCGAAGCCGCUCUCUCACCAGGCGAAGAAGCCGUUCUGGUUCACCACGUCGGCGUAGAAGUCGUUCACCAGCUUCGAGACGCCGUAGAAGUCGGUCUCCAACACCCAAGAGAUACAAAAGACAAAGAAGUAGGAGUACCUCGUUGUCUCCUCUACCCAAGUCUCGAAGUCCAAGUGUUGUAUCAAAUGGGAAGAAAAAUGCAGUUGAAAAGUUGAGAAAGGAAGAAGAAGAAAAGAAAAGGCGUCAACAAGAGGAAGAGCUGAGACUACUAGAAGAGGAAACUGCAAGAAGACUGGAAGAAGCAAUUCGGAAAAAGGUUGAGGAAAGGCUGAACUCUGAGGAAGUUAAGUUGGAAAUAGAGAAGCGAAUUGAAGAAAGUCGGAAGAAAGUGUUUGAUGAUGUUGAUGCUCAACUUAAAAAAGAAAAAGAAGCCGCUCUUAUAGAGGCAAGGCAGAAAGAGGAACAAGCUCGAAAAGAGAGAGAAGAGCUGGAUAAAAUGCUGGAGGAGAACCGGAGGAGGGUAGAGGAGGCUCAGAGAAGGGAAGCUCUGGAACAACUGAGGAAAGAAGAGGAAAGAUACAGGGAGCUGGAGAUGAUACAGAGGCAAAAAGAAGAGGCUGCACGAAGAAAGAAACUUGAAGAGGAGGAAGAACGCAUGAAAUUGGUUAAGAAUAAAUCUGGGCCUAAGCAGUCUUUUGGGAUGGGUUAGCGAUGAUAUCUGGAGAUCGAUCAAUCAUUCCCCCCCCCCCUCCCCCCCCCCCCGGCUGGAGGAUAGAAAAUCCUCCUUCUGUAAGUUUGUAAGUUGUAUUGGAAAUUGGUUCCUGAUUGUUCACACUUCACAGCUCUCGCAAACAAGAGGUUGGGCAUGACUUUCGGUAUUACGAACUUCAUUUAGGAGAAGUAGAGAAUUACGAAAUGGGAACCAAUUAGAAGCACAUGGUUAUGUAUGUAAUACACUAUUUUGACAA